AUGUAUUGUAAUGUUGACUUUAAGGAUCGCGCGAAUGAGAUAUAUAAAAAGGUAGAAGAUCAAAAGCCUCUCAGAGGACGAAAUCAGGAUGCAAUUUUGGCUGCCUGCCUUUACAUUGCUUGUCGACAAGAAGACAAGCCCCGUACUGUAAAAGAAAUAUGUUCUGUUGCUAAUGGAGCCACAAAAAAGGAGAUUGGCCGUGCCAAAGAGUUUAUUGUGAAACAGCUGGAGGUAGAGAUGGGCCAAUCCAUGGAGAUGGGAACUAUUCAUGCUGGGGACUUCUUGAGACGUUUCUGUUCCCAUUUGGGCAUGACUAAUCAAGUAGUAAAGGCUGCCCAAGAAGCUGUGCAAAAAUCGGAAGAGCUGGAUAUAAGGAGAAGUCCAAUAUCUGUGGCCGCAGCUGUAAUAUACAUGAUAACUCAACUCUCAGAUGACAAGAAAAUUCUCAAAGAUAUAUCACUUGCUACUGGAGUGGCCGAGGGAACGAUAAGAAAUUCCUAUAAGGAUCUCUAUCCCUAUGCUUCGAAGUUAAUUCCGAAUUGGUAUGCAAAGGAGGAUGCUGUCAGGAGCCUCUGCAGCCCAUAA